UACCUCUCCUUUCUAGCAUAACCUGGAUGGAAGAGGAAGAAGACUCCCAUCGUUUAAGCUCCCAUGGAUUAGAAUAUUCUUGUAGGAUUUGGAAUAUCUACUUUUAAUUGCUGCUUUCCUAAGGAGCCCUAAACAAAACAGUACUAUUUCUUAGGAAAAUGCCUGAAGUAGAUGGUUCUUCUGCCUUUAGCAGAUGGGCUGUUUGGCAUAAGUGGGGCAUCAGAUGUGUUUUUUCAGUUCCCACUUUUUACAUCCUUCCUGUUUUAAUGAAAGUUUAAGCAGUCAGAAUGUGAGUGAGAGGGAGAAAACAACUCUUCAGGCGAAUAGUUGCUACACUUAUCUAAGAGGAAGAUGUGUUUUAAUGUAUGUUUAUGAAUUUCAUCUAAAAACCCAGUUUGGAACGUUUUUCCCUAUUUAAUCCUAUAACAUAAAAAUAAAUCCUGUUGUUGGAUCACAACCUUCAACUACAUGCUUGAGUCCCACAGUAUUCCACUGCUCUUAAAACACUUCCAAGUUACUCCCUUUCUUGAAAUUCUCUUUGUCCACAUCCUGUAGGCCUAUAACAUAGUGUUCAGGGGAAGCUAGAUUUUGUUAUUGUUGUUAUUUUUGCAUCCUAGAAGGAACAUACAUUCAGGUGUUAAGAGCUGAACCUUGAAGAUUCUUGCGGUCAUUUGAAGAGAUUACCACAUGCAGGCUCUCUGCCCUGUCUUUAGUGGAAGCUUCAAUACCUGGUUCUAGCAGGAAAUGACGGUUCCUUUCUACGGCUGCUGUUCAGAGCUAGAAGCAUUGUCAGGGUUUUGAGUUCAGGAUAAACUGAUACACUUGGUUCAGGUAAAGAGAGACGUACCUAGCAUGUGGGCUUAGUUACAAGCUAGAUACUGACCUAGAGAGCUCUGCAGGUCUAUUCAAAGAUCCCGUAGCUCUUUCUGAUAAAAUCAGCUGCAAACAGCCGAGGAGUCAGCAUGUUUACUGCUGCUACCUGUGCUGGAGGAGCAGUAGCUUCCUUCAGAAGUGUAGGGUAAACAGCAGGGCUGGUCAUAUGUAAAAGUGCUGAAGUAUAAGCCAUGUGAGAAUCUACAGAAUUGUCUCAGGCUGAAAAAGAAAUUGAAGCAUGCCAUGUCCUCUCAUCUCUGAUGAUUAUGAAAAAAGUUGGUGACCAGUGCACCAGCAGAUAAGCAGCAGAAAUUGAAGUCUUCUGGCAGUUUAUUACCAGUCACAGCUCUUCAGAACUCCAACUAAUACUUUGAAGAAUAACAGCAAUUCUGGAACCAGAGUUUCAAAAUAAAUGUGCAUGAAAAUCUGAAGCGUUAACUCAGAAUGUCGUCAUCACUGCCAUCAUCAUCGUAUUUACCUGUACGUAAUUGUACUGCGCCUCUACGGGACUUGGAUCUUCUGGGAAAGCUGCUUCUUCGUGCUGCUGAGGGAAAAAUGGAUGUGCCACCUAGAGAAGCAGGAAAGCUCUGCUCACUGAUUCAACCGUAUGAAAAGGAUUAUCAUAGAACUACACAAGCCAUCCAAGAUGGAAAAUAUUUUACUGAUCUAAGCAAAGAAUCUGACAGCAUAGAACAAUUAAACAGUAAAAACAUGGACACAUCGAUGCAGAAGUUAAAUGAAAUCAUGUUCCAAAAUACUAUUCUCAGGAGAAAAACACUUGAAAGGGAGAAACAGGUUAAAGACCUUACAUCCAGGCUUCAGCUCAAAAAAGCCAAUGUACAAAAGGGAGACCAUUUGUCAAGAUCAGCAAAGACAAUACAACUUCACCUGCAACAUCAGAUUCAAAGAAAAGAAGCGGAAAAUGAUGAAUUAAAAGAGAAAAUACAGACUCUACAGAAGAAAAUAACAGCGUGGAAACUUCAUUUUGGUGAAUACAAGCAUCAGAUGUUAGCCUUAAAGGAAACAAGUGAGCAAAAGAAGAGUGCUCUGAAAAAAGCAGUCAGAUGCCAGAAACAAAGAGCUCAGCACUUCGAAGCAGCUGUGGAAAAAUUAACUUCCAAAAUAAAAGAACGUGAAGUCAAACUGUCUGAGAUACUGUCAGCUUCCAGUGUCUGGAAGAAGCAGCAUGAUAGAGUGGUUGAAGGAAAUACAAGGUUAGAAAUUCAAACAGAAGAUCUUAAGAAGCAGAUCACAAGGCUUUUGGAAGACCUGAAAAGAAAGGAGGAAUGGAGAAGAAACUCAGAUGAGGAGAUUCUUGGAAAGCUAAAUGCUGUUGAUUCUGAAAAUGAAAAGAUUUACCUCGAAAAUGAAAAAUUAAAGGCUUCCCUUGCCACAUUGGAAAGCAAUAGUGUUUCUGUUGAAAAUGAGCUGCAAAAUCUUCAAAAAAAGGCAAAAGUGCAGGAAAACCUUGUUGAACAAUAUAAAAAUCAGGUACAAGAAUUACAAACAGCAGUAGAAGAAUUGAAAUCCAGAUAUGCAACAGCCUUAAAUGAAAACAAAAGAAUAAUAGAAGACGAAAGCUUGGAAGUAGAUCAGGUGAGGGACAACGUGGAGCCUGAGUUAAAGGAGUUAGAACAUGGUUUUGAGUUGCUGAAAGCACCUGAGGAAAAACAGCAAUCCUCUCAGAAAAAGCUUCUAUCCUGGGAAAGGAUCCAUGCACAGAAAUGCAAAACCCUUAGGGAGCUGCAGGUUCAGGAGGAAUACAGCGCAACUUCUGCGGGCAGUCACUCCUUAGAAGAAGAAAACUGUAAUAUUGAGAAGAAAUACGAAGAUCUUAAAAGGCAAUUAGAAAAGAUGGAGAUUGAAAAUAAAGAACUUGCUAGUCAGCUCAAAAACGAAGAUGAGAGUCUGCAGUGCAGUCAAUUGCAGCUUGAAGAGAAAAUUGCAGAAUAUAAUGGAUUAACCAGACAACUGGAAUCGGCUUUGGAAGAAGGGAGAAAAAUGGUGGCUGAAGAACUGGAAAAGAUGUCAUGCAGAGAACAAGCCCUUCAGACAAAGAUGCUGUUUCUUGAGGCUGAAGUGAGAGAGGGGCAAGAAAGGAAAAACCAACUCCACUGCAUAUUUCACCACGUGAGUAAAUAACACUGCUUAUGACUU